AUGCCUUGUGACCCCGAGCAGCAGUGGCUGGUUGCUGGGCCACGCAGGGCGGAGGGGAAUGUGGGUGAAGGGCCCUUCAGACUGUGGGAGCAGCACGUGUGGCCCCCAGGGCCUCUGGAGCGUCUGCGUCUGCCCUUUCCUCCACCAUGUUCACAAGCAGCCAGGAGCUAUGGCCGCAGAAGAGGUCGUUCCUCACUGUUUCCUUUUGAAGAUGGCUUCCUUGACGACGGCCACGGCGACCCUUCCCUGACGCCAGGGAUGAGCUCUCCGACGCGUUGCCAGAACGGAGAGAGGAUGGAGCGCUACUCCAGGAAGGUGUUUGUCGGAGGGUUGCCCCCCGACAUCGAUGAAGAUGAGAUUACCAACAGUUUCCGUCGCUACGGACACCUAGUGGUGGACUGGCCCCACAAAGCCGAGAGCAAGUCCUACUUUCCACCCAAAGGCUACGCCUUCCUGCUGUUCCAGGAGGAGUCUUCAGUCCAGGCCCUCAUCGACGCCUGCAUCGAGGAGGAUCAGAAGCUCUACCUGUGUGUCUCAAGUCCCACCAUCAAAGAUAAACCGGUCCAGAUCCGCCCCUGGAACCUGAGCGACAGUGACUAUGUGAUGGACGGAUCACAGCCGCUCGACCCGCGGAAAACCAUUUUUGUUGGCGGGGUCCCACGACCUCUUCGUGCAGUGGAAUUGGCCAUGAUCAUGGACCGGCUGUAUGGAGGUGUGUGUUACGCUGGCAUUGACACUGACCCGGAGCUCAAGUACCCCAAGGGGGCGGGCCGUGUGGCCUUCUCCAAUCAGCAGAGCUACAUCGCCGCAAUCAGUGCCCGAUUCGUCCAACUGCAGCACAACGAUAUUGACAAGCGGGUGGAGGUGAAGCCCUACGUCUUGGACGACCAGAUGUGUGAUGAGUGCCAGGGGGCACGCUGCGGGGGCAAGUUUGCGCCCUUCUUCUGUGCCAAUGUCACCUGCCUGCAGUACUACUGCGAGUACUGCUGGGCCAGCAUCCACUCCCGCGCCGGCCGCGAGUUCCACAAGCCCCUGGUCAAGGAGGGGGGCGACCGGCCCCGCCACGUGUCCUUCCGCUGGAGCUGAUGGGUGGGGGGGGUCGUUAGAGACAGACCUGCCCCCCCCAUUCCCCAGAGCCCAGAUAGAUGCCCCAUCACCCCACCUGCCCCCAGUUUCCAACCCACUGACCCACUCAGUCAGCUCCCCAGUCAUCCACACCCUAUUCACCUCUACUGACCUCCUCCAUCAUAACCACCAAAUCAACCACCCCAAAUACAUGGGUCUUUUUAAAAUUCCUUAACUUUUUUUUUGUUUUGGUUUCAUUUUUUUUAAGAAAUAAUGCAGUUUCAAUGCUCUUAAAGUUUUGCCCAGUGUUUGGUUUGUAAUAGAUUCAAAACAAAACAAAAAAAGGACUAAACCGACAACAAAAAAAAAAGAAUCGUGACCGUUUAGCCGCUCAGAAAAUGCACUUUUGCACGUCAGCCCAAACAGACCAUCCUCAUGUUAGACAGUCCUUCAGACCCGGUUCUAUAUCUGCCUAUCCUCUUCAAGGUUCUUGUUUUCCUUGCCUCGUGUCGGGGUGGGUCUGGGGUUCCCAGAGCCCGCUUUCAGGCGAAGACACGAGUGAAAUUACACAUCUAUAAAUAUAUAAAUUCUAUAUUUUGUUUUUAUAUCUGUCUAUCUAUCCAUGUAGAGAUAAUUAAUUUUUGUGUGAAAAGAGCAUGCACUUAUUUUCAGAAAAGGUAGAAGAUUGCCCCUAUUAAAAAAAAUUACCAAAGGUAAUUAUGUAAAAAAAAAAAAAAAAAAAUUAAGUAGGUGGCAAAACUGUAGCAAAAUUGACAUCUAUCCAAUAUUCAGUAGUGUGGUUCAAAACACCCAAAUUAGAAUAACAAACCUUAUAUUUGACCUCCAUGUUUGAAAAGGUUAAUACCUCAUACAGGCAAUCAGAUACUUCUCCUCCCUUCCCCCUCCUUGUUUUGAAUUUGUUGGUCUUUGUUUUUUUUUUUGUUAAUGAGAUACAUUUUUAGUGUUUUGUAAAUGUACUGCUGCGAUAGCUUCUGCUGCUAAACCCAUGAUGUGAGGCAGAUACAUUAGUACUUUUGUCAGGCCGAGAGUGUUGAAAAGAGUCCCAGUGAAGACACCUGAUUAUUAUAAUUUUUAUUUUUUUAUUUUUAAAGGGACGAGAGGCUGGCAUGAGAGGGGGGUGGGAUGUGGGAUGUGGUCCCCCUUGAACUAAUCCCUUUUGACUCGGGCCCAGGGUUAGGGGAGGGCGGGGGUGGGGGUAUGAUGACCUCGCCUCCUAAGUGCAUGUUUAUCUCAAUCAGGUUGCUGCAUGCAAUAGAGUUUUCAGUAUCAUGUCUACUCUUCAACUCGCCCACUUAUUUUGCACAACACGAGAUAUAGACAAGACUAUUUCCAGCGCGGAGCUGGACGCGAUACCGGGGAGGUUAGCUGAAAUGAACAUUCUAAUAGGACCCUCCAGUACACCUCUGUGGUUUUGGCUCGCUGGCUGUUUGGUGAGCUAAACCCUAAGUAAUCAAUAAUUACAGUUACAAAAUAAAAAAAAUAGAUGUAGGAUAUACUUUCAAAACAACUGUCUAUGAUAGGUGAAGUACGUUUUGCAGUGAUUGUUAAUAUAAUUGUGCAAUUUUUACACAGUAUGUAGUUAGGUCUGAGUAUGCCUAGAACUGUGAUUCGCUUUAACUGUUUUUGAUGUCCGACAUAGAAGUCCUGUGAAACUUCAUAACCAGUGUAUGUAUGCAUACUGUAUGUCCAAGCUUAUGCACGUACACACACUUACACAACACAUACACACACACACACACACACACACACACACACACACACACACACACACACACACACACACACACACACACACACACACACACACACACACACGUCUCUCCCUAAAUAGUCCUCACUCAAACAAGAGACCUGUGUUCACACACUUCAGUAUACAUACAUUUUUCCAGUACUUUUCUACUAGCUCCUCACAUGGACACACACGCACACGCACACACACACACAGUACAGGAGGUGAGUUUGACUGAGUCUCCUCCAUUGACACAAUAUAUGAUCAUGUCCCCCCCUGAAAAAAGGAAAAAAAAAAAACACAACCAAAGAGCUCACUUGUUUAACAUUGAAACCACCAACACACUACCA